AUUAAAUGGAAUAAAGCUUGUUGGGAAAAUUACCAUGGCAACGGAAUCUCAUCAUUAACUUAAAGUUGCAUCAUUUUAAAUCCACGUGUGUAGUCACGGUAACAAUGAUUUGUUUGCGGAAUAAGGUUUUUAAAUUUCCACUGGGGAAAUUACCACACUUUUCUACAUUUACGGUGAAGGAGGUUAAAAUACCAAUUCCAGUCACGGGGGGGCACUUGGCAGGACAACUAUGGCAACCAACCACUGCACCACCCACCCCACCCCCGUGUCCACCAAUAAUCUGCCUCCACGGUAUCCAGGACAACUCCAACUCCUUCAACCUACUCAUCCCCCACCUCCUACUCUCAAACAAUCUCCAUAACACCCCAAUUUACGCCUUCGACCUCCCCGGCCACGGUCACUCCACUCACACCACUUCCCUUUAUUACCACUCCUUUUUCGACGGGCUCCUCUCCAUCCAUCGGAUAAUGAAACACUUCAACUGGCCGAAAGUCACUCUCCUGGGACACUCGCUGGGGGCGGUGAUUUCGUUCAUUUUCACGGCGGCGUGGCCGGAAAAAGUCACCCACUACAUCGCGCUGGACAACCUGCACCCGAUCCCACGGAACGACCCGACCCAUGGUUUUCAGAACGUCGUCGCCCAGGCGUUCGCCAUGGAAACGAAGCUUACUUCCUCUAACGUCCGACCCUCCUACACACACUCGGAGAUCCUCCAGAAAUUAUACAACUCCCGAGGGGGUCAGCUGCCUCUCUCCGCCUGUGAAAUCCUCCUCCAAAGGGGCGCCUCAAAAAUAAUAAACAACGGAGAACCCCGCUUCCGCUUCCUCCACGACGUAAAAACCAACAUAAAAGCGUCGUUCCGUUUCCUUGGAGACACUAACAUCGAGGCGAUGGCCCGGAGAAUAGCUUCAUCCCCCGAUUUACGAGUCUGCAUCGUGAAAGGGGAUCCCGGCGAGGACUUUGAAGAGAGGGAGAAAUACAUGAAAAUCGUGGGGAUUCUAAAAGAGGGGUUGGGUCAGGGGUGUGAAUUUCAUUUGGUUAAAGGGGGGCAUCAUUUUCACAUGGAGGAGGAGGGGGUGGGGAGGGUGGGGGGGAUUCUAGGGGGGUUUUUUAAGAGGUGA